AGAUUUUGAAGAAGGAAUCAGCAUUGAGUGAAAGGAAUACACAAAGAAGCAGCACUGGAGUGAUAUAGAAGAAGACUACAUAGAGGAUGGCUGCUCAUCAGCACCGCUAUGAACCCCUACCAGUUCCCGAUCUCCAGCGCCUUCUGUGGAGUCACAAAACAAGCACGGGACAUGUCAACCAAGUGUGGCCAAAACUGUAUCUGGGAGAUGCGUAAGGAGUGCAUUACUAGCUUGCAAAAGUUCACAGCCAGGGAUAAGUCAGUGCUGCGAGAACUGGGGAUAACUCACAUUCUAAAUGCUGCCUCGGGAAAAUACAGGAUCAACACUGGACCUGAAUUCUACAAAGACCUCAAUAUCGAUUACUAUGGGGUAGAAGCAGAUGAUGAUGCAAAUUUUGACUUGAGUGUCUAUUUCCACCCAGCGGCGCAGUUCAUAAGAACAGGGCUGCAAUCUAACAAGGGGAAGGUGCUUGUGCACUGUGCAAUGGGGAUUAGCCGAGCUGCUUCCAUUGUCCUGGCUUUCCUAAUGAUAUCAGAGGGUCUUACUCUGGUCGAUGCCCUUAGAACUGUAGGUGAACACCGAGAUAUCUUCCCCAACCAUGGCUUCCUUGAACAACUUCGACAGCUCGAUAUUAAAUUGGAGAACAAGAAAAGGUCUCGGAUAUAAGACUUCAUAAUCAAACGGUGCCAACCAGCAAUGUGAACUUUGUAUCCAAAACCAUGGACAAUUUGGCAGAAAAAUACAUAAGAUUUGCUUUUUGAGUGUUAGACUGAAUUAAAAAGGGUCAACAGCUAAUAUAUCAGUUCUGCGUUUUUAUGCAGACUUUAAAUGAUAACUAUAUAAAAGCCGGCAUAUUUUUUUUCAAAACCAGUGAAAGGGUGAGUGUCAGCAGUAAUAUUUUAAGAGCUAUGGAUGGUUUCUGAGGUUUGUCAAGUCUUGAAAGAUACACACACAUACAAUAACAAUAAAGAACUUUAUUGAAGAUUUUUUUUUUUUUAAAUAAAUUCACCUCGUCAACACUGGUGAGUG